GAGUGCAUUUGAGAUGCAAUGAAGAUGCAUGUACAAUUCAACCAGGUAACGAUGCUCGUCCCAGCUUAGCAUCCAAAGAAAUGGAAACUAUUAAAAGUCUGCUGCUCCAACCCACGGCCAACAGCAGCAAUAGCAGCAUCACCCCCACAUCCAGCACCAACUUCGAUGACCUCAUCAAGGAUCAUCACCCCCACGUGCUCGCCCCGCUGCAGCCCACCAAAUACACCACCUCCAAUGGGAUCAUCAACAACAGCCCGAAUGCUGCCAUCGAUUUCAUCCCACCACUGCCAGCGAGCAACUGCAAGCAGCCACCGGUUAUCGUCGGUGUGGCAGUGAAGCGAACUCUUCGGAAACCUUUGUCAGCGGAGGACCCCAAAGCGCAGCAGGAUGCUUGGGCAACAUGUGGGACCAUGGGCAGCACCGGAGAUGUUCUCGAACGGUGGCACAGUGAUAUCUUCGAUUGUCCUCCUCUGGUUGAGCUGCAACGGGGUGCUAUGGGAGGUGAUUGUAACAAUAAUAAUGGGAAUGGGACCCAGGUUGAGGCAGAUAACGAUGGAGGAGAUUUGAUCGAUUUCAGUACGGAGAUUGAAAUGGCUCCAACUGUGGCUGCACCGUCCGUUUUUAGUCAGGUGCAAACGUCGAAGCCGAAAGUGAAAAAAGUGACGUUCCUGUUGGAUGAUUUACUGCUGGGCAGUGAAGACGACGAAGAAGAGGAACCCGAGGAGGGUGAAAAGAGCGGUGGGGAGGAAUUUGAGGAAAGCGAACGAUGUGUGACAACAGAACAAGACGACGACGACGACGAUGACGGUGUUGAAUGGGAUGUAAGUGAUACGAUUCGACGUCGGGGGGUGGGCAGGCGAGUCCAAGCGGCGAGGAAAGUGGGUGGUAAUGAAAUAUCAACAGAGACUAUGCAAACAGAUGACAUUGUUUCCAUCGGAGAUCACGUUGACGGAGUGCGAAAUGUGACAAAAGGAAAUGGGAAGGUCCAGUGCGCAUGUCUGCCGUUACAUGGCCGUGGUGCUCACUACUGCCAGCAUCAUCAUCAUCUCAUCCGGCUGGAAGGAGAUGCCUCCUGCUCAGCAGCUCCAACCGUCAUCGGGACUGCCUUACCGACAAACAGCACCAGCACAAGCACACUGGUGGUGGAGUUGAUGAAUUCCGAUACACCUGCACCGUGGGGAGGGAGGAAAAUCGACGAAAUUCCAGAGGAAAGUGCAUGCAAGCAGAACGCAUGUGCAGAAACUGGCAACAUUGGUCCUGGUGGUGGAGACUGGCCGUCGUUGUCAGUUGGGGCACAUACGGCCAGCAAAUCGAUCGAUGCCAGCAGAGACGGCGACAACGGCGAGGACGAGGGCAACAUUGUUGACGUUCAGGAUGAGCACGUUCGGCACCAGCAGCAGGAUAGUAAGAAAAGUGGCAGCACUGUCGGGUCAGGUGUUCGGGUGGGCCGAAACGUGCCCGAAGCGUGGUUCGCCGAGCCUCCGAGAAUCGAUGAAAGGGACUCGAGCCAGCAUAGUCUGCAGCAGCAGCAGCAGCCAGUCGUCAAACAAGUAGAAAAUGUUGUAACAUCAGUACCUAGUGGUAUUGAACAGCUGGAAUUUGGAUUCGAAAAUCAGAGAAAUUCAAACCAAUUGUGUGAAAAAUCGAUCCAAGUUCCAUCGCCAUCGCAUCGGGCGUCGGUUGGUGUGGAAAAUAGAGCCCAUCGAGGCGAAAAGGAGGUCCAUUUCAGUGAACGGGAAAAUUGCUACCACAAAGGUUCGGACAGUGAGAGUGAAAAUUAUUAUGGCACUGGUUCUCCACCUCCGCCUCCGCUGGCACCACCCACUGGGAUUCCUCCGUCGUAUGGCCUAAACGUGGAAGUUACCCUCAAUGCUCAUAUCAGUGUACAUGGAUUAAGUGAUUUUAACUUUUUCUCAAGUUCGGGUGACAGGCCUGGCGAGGAGUCUUCUUCCGCGGAGGAAAAAAUCCUUAAGGAUAGUGCUACCAAUACCAUCAGCAAUAGCAGGAACAACAACAGUAACGUUACCCCAUCCAGUGCUGACAGUGGAAUUAUUAUUAUCGACGAUGACGUAGACGAUUGUGGCUGUGAAAUUGCUACUGCGGAAACGCAAAUCUGUGAGCCUCUACUGGUUAUCGAGGAUAAUUGCGAGAAGAAGAAUCCCGUUGGCCAGUGUCGAGACCAGGAUACUCAGACUUUCAUUGGGAAUUUUCUGUCUCCGAAGAAGUCGACCAGUGAAAUCAGUGUGCAAGUGUGUGAAAAUGGCGAUUUUGACCUACGGAAUCCCGAAAGCCUCGAUUCCAGUGUGAGUGAAUCGGAAAUCGACGAAAGAAAGGAUUUACGUUUCCUGACCAAAAAUACCGAUCAAUAUCUGAGGCCUCCGAUUAGUUUUCUCAGUGAAAAGCACGAGUGUUUCGAGGCCAGCAAUCGAUUGAAACGUCUGGAGGAACGUUUCCGCGGAUUUGCCUAUACGAAAAAGCUAUUACGUGAAUCAUUAACCUCAUCCACUGGGGGGGCACCGCAGAAUCUAUCAUCAUCCCUCAGUUCGCUCUCGACUCUGCUGGCAGAUUAUACCAACACAAACGCAGCUUCCGCAUCAUCAUCAGUGCCAGCAUCAUCGACCCCGUCAUUGACAGCAGCUGCCAGAGCGGAGCAAGAGCAAGAAGACCAAUCCCAUGCAGCCAGAAGAUUUGUGCCAUCACGAAAAACAUCAUCCUUAAGCUCGCUUCAAAAGGAUGCUUUCCCGAACCAAACCCAACUAGGCCACACUGGUGUUUUGACACGUACGGUUCCAGUUCUUCCACCACUAUCCUCAUCGCUACUUUCCCUCUCGGCAUCAUCUCUACUUUCUCUUUCCUGUAUCGAUCUCGAACGCAAACAACGACAGCAACAGUUGCAAGAUUCUUUUCCCACCUACCAACCGUCAAACCCAUCUAGCUGUCAACAGUCUAAACCUCAAUCUCCCGAACAGUCUCUAUCCAAAGCAUCGUCUCUACCGUCCCUUCUCCCACAAUACCUAUUCCCAUCGCCACCGUCCAGACCACCACCUCGUCGUCCCCGGCUGCCUGCAGACGAACCUAUAGAUCAAGACCAACAGCCACCCACAAAGACCCUAAAAGACCCACCCUUGGAUGUAGACUACCGGCCUUCGGUCGCGACUCCGGAGUCUAGCAUCGAAUCCGAAGAGAUCUGUACAAUCUUCCCUGGUGGGAAACCCCGAAUUGAAGACCCGCUGGAAGUGGUUGAAACCGUUUACAAAGAUUCCGAAGAAGAAGACGACGACCUGGUUGUCAUCCCGCGUAGUGAAAGUGAAGAAUUCCUCAAUCUAGAGAAGCUCUUGGCGGCGGACCCGCAUACCAACUGUGAGUUCGAUACGCGCCACCUCAGCCAGUACGAGCCAACCGUCUAUCAGAUCAGAUACUGCUACGAUGAGCUCGAGGAGGAGCUAGAGUCCGAAUCGGGAAGUGUCGGUGGAUUGCUGAUCGGUGGCGAAAGUGACCGGGCCCGGGUUAGUGUGAGUGACGAAGACGGGUGCGAGUGUGUGAUCGAAGCGAUACCGAUCUACCGUACGCUGCCGAUCAAUAUGCGCGAAACGACCGGGACCCUGCGGGGGCUGCUGAAGAAACCGAACCGGCCGCCACCGGUCCGGAAGAAUCGGGUCGUGUUCGACGAGACGCGGAACGAGUUCUUCGAGGCGGAUUACAUCAUCCUGAUCCGGGAGGACUGCCCGUACGACGAGGAGGACGAAGAACCGUGCACCUGCGGGGAACACGAGCUCGUUAGAAUAUGUUGUGACGAAGGCUGCAACUGCGGAUACACGGACGACGGACGGACGCCACCGACCAGUAGGCAAUCCGGCAUCUUGGAGUACAGCGAGAGCUUCCGACAGCGCCCCUUUCUGUCCUCUGUGUCUGCCUUCGGAAUUCCUCCAGACAACGACGACCUACCGAUCAACAGCACACUCUCCUGGGAAGAACUCGUGUUCGCUCUCAGUCGGAGCAACGGGAACUCGGCCGGACCGAACGAAAUCGGCUACCCGCUGCUAAAACGCCUUUCACCCGAAGGCAAAACGAAACUUCUCGACCUUUACAACCAACUCUGGACCGCUGAAGAAUACCCGGAAAACUGGAGAGAAAGCCUCGUUAUACCGUUACCGAAAACCAAUGUCGGGACCAAGGACAUCAUUGGCUUCCGUCCCAUUGCACUGACCUGCUGCAUGGCCAAAGUCCUGGAGCGGAUCGUCAACAAGAGGCUGAAGCAAUAUCUUGACCAUCGGCAGCACGCCUUUAGCUACUACUCCGCUGCCUUUCUCGCUAAAACGUCGGGAAACAAUAGGAUCGUUCUCCUCGACGAGGCGAACCGACUCCUCCGCACGGCCGCCGACGUAGAUCUUCCUCCAGUGACCAGGGUCCACUGGCACGGAGACAAAAGUUGGCAAUCGCACAAGAUCAAAAUUGACAGCUUCAGGGCAGGAGACAACUCGCUGGCUUUACGCCGGACAGUUGUCGAAACUCUCAGGGCGCACUACAAAGGUUAUGAAGUUAGGUACACCGACGGAUAUCUCUCCAGGAGCGGAGUGGGAAUGGAGGUCUCCGGAGAUGGUCUGCUUGUGAGCAGAUCGCUCCCGACCCAAUGCUUGGUGUUCUCAGCUGAGGCAGCGGCCAUUCUCCACGCGGUUAAGCUACCGGCCAACCGGCAGGACUCACACAGCGUGAUAUUGGCCCUAACAAUAGAAACACCGAAGCAUCCGUGGAUCCAAGGGACGGUAAAGCACGCGCCGCCCAACACAGUAUUCAUGCCACACCGGACCCAGGUCCACCGGCAAUGUACCGCUUCAAGAUGUCAAAAAGUAGAUCAAGCGGACGAUUCGGAGAGCCUGGGACAUCGAGUGGAGGAACAAAAGGAUACACCACCUUCGGAAGAUCAAGGCGACCACCGGAACCUGGAAAGAUUGACCAAACUUAAGAGAACAACGAGUGGUGUCAAGGCUGUGCACUGGGCACAGCAGAGUCUCCCACAACUUCGGAGGAACACCGUUCCGGAGGACCUGCGAAACCUGCGGAGUGCCAGCCACCGUGGAGCACAUCCUCGUGAACGGUGCGAAGCUGGAGGACCUUCGGGCUUCCUUCGGCUUGGAGUCAAUCAGCAUUCGGAACCUGUUGGGCGAUAA